CCCAAACAACAACCAAACAAAUAAAAAGAAUGAGUCUGGAGUCUGUUGUUUUAGGAAGUCCGGCGCUGGAUUCGCGGAGACAUUGUGUACUAAAGGCUGUAGUUGUGGGUUUGGGCUCUGUGUGUGUGUGUGUGUGUGUGUGUGUUAGUGUGGUUGUCUCGGGGGUAUUUUACACAAAGCGGUAUUGCUUUGUUUGGGUGGGGAAGUUGCAGUGUUUUUCAAGCUGACGUUUUUAGUACUCCCCUCUCCCUUGAAGUUUGUAGUAGGAAGGAGGAUUUGUUGAGUUAGCAUUAAAAGGGUAAGGAGGGGGGUGCAGGAGAGCCAGUGCUGUGCAAUCUACAAACUCUAUUGUGACGCACUUACUACAACUGAUUGCUGCUGCCAAACCUCCUCCAGACUUGCUGUGAUCAGCACAUUAGAUAGAACAAUGGGGCUGGAACAGGGAACAUGGCCAGGAGGCUCUGCACAAUCACUGCAAAUACUCCUCGCUCUUGCAUUUCAGCACAGUGUCCGAUCCUUUUAUUUAAUCACUUGAGGAAAUCAGAGCUUAUUGGCUUUUUUUUUUAAUUAACUGAAUCAGAGCUUCAUACAGAUUUGGAGCAUAAUGGCCUGGCUGAUAAAUUCCACUUUAAAACUAAAUUCCUUUUGUUUGGACAAAGGCUUUUCACGGUUUAUACUUUUGAUGCAGGUAUCCUAGGAAGGGUGGAAACAGUGGACAGGAAACUACCCAUAGAUCUGAUAGCACUUGAUUGUAUUUGGGGUGUAGGGAAAGAAGUGAGUAGGUUAAAAGCAAGAAGAAUGUAAGCUGAAAGGCAUAUGCAAUACGACUAGAAUUCUAACACUAUAAGAAAAAAAGACCAAAUGGCAAAGCAAUCUUCUGAUCUAAAUUCAGAGUGCAACAGAGAAGGUGGACAGUUUCAGUCAAUUGAAAGGCCAAGUCAGCCUCAGCAUCUUAGACCUGGGGCCCCUACCUCUAUACAAACACAGUAUCAAGGUAAUCAUUCAGGUGAGGGGGACUUCGCCCAGCAGCCCUCAGGGAGCUCUUCGCCCAGCAGCCCUCAGGGACCAUUUGCACCACCCAGUAGCCCCAGUCCAUUUGCUACCAGAUCCCCACUUUUCAUCUUUGUAAGAAGAUCCUCACUGCUGUCUAGAUCCUCCAGUGGGUAUUUCUCUUUCGACACAGACAGGAGUCCUGCGCCUAUGAGUUGCGACAAGUCCACGCAGACUCCAAGUCCCCCUUGUCAAGCCUUUAAUCAUUAUCUAAGUGCAAUGGGUAAGCAAGAUCAUGCUUCCAGGUGGGAGUCACCCUCAGUACGUGAAGACAUGCAGCCGGAAAUAUGGAUUGCACAGGAACUGCGGCGUAUUGGAGAUGAGUUUAAUGCUUCCUAUUGCCCAAGAAGGGACUCCCAACAUUCUGUUUGCUUUUUUGACUGCCACUGCAGAUUGAGUGGAUGUUUUCAGAGAACUAUCCACGAUGACUCCAACAUCUCUUUCUUGAGUGGGUUUCUUGGAUAAUCCAGCAGUAAACCACCAAAUUAUUUUGCGCCUGUUACGUUAUAUCAUCCGCCUCAUUUGGAGACUGCAGUAAUGGAUACGUACAGACAUUCUGAGAUUGUCCAGUUAUCGCCAGAAUCCAGAAAAACAAACAGCAAGAGUAUCCUUUCCAUACCUUGUAUAUGCAAUUAACAAAUCCUCCUCUUCCUAAAGGACAUCCGAGACAUUGGGAGGAGCAGUAGGACUCCGUGUUUGUGAAAAAUAUGCACAUAGACUGUCUCAUUUUGUCUGCUAUCAGAAGACAGAGGGUUUUUAAAUGGGAAUUCACUGUGAACACGUCACGAUGGAUUUUGGAAACGGAUAUAUAAAAGCUUUGUGAAGCAGGACUUUAUGUGAGAGUGGUGUUUACGCUGGUUUUUCUUGAACUUUUAAAAGACUGAUUUGGAAAGAAAAUGAUCAAACAUGAUUGAUUUUCAUACUCCAUUUUCUGGAAACCUGUAGACUAAUCUCUGAUAUAUUCUGCAAUGGAGUUAACUGAGCCAGCUAACUUGCGGAGCUGCCUUAGUUUAUUAUAAAAUAACUGUGUACAGAUGUUAUUCUCCCCCCACCCCCAGCAAGGAGGGGUCAGAUUCAUGCUUUCCCUCCAUUCCUAGACCCUUUCAUGCAAAAAGGGGCAAACUCAUGAAUUGAAGCUAGUUGAAGAAUGGUAGAAGGAUUUGCAUCAGAACUUCAGUUACCUUGCAAAUCUCUACUACCACCCUAAAUUCAACUGUAUGUGUGUCACACAAACAGCAUACUUCCUGCUGACUGAUUUUAAACUGCAGCUAAGUGCAACUGGCGCGCUCCCCCUGAAACUUCCACCUCUUCCACCCUACCAGCAGGAAUCUCAAAGUUGACCUGAAAUUUGUAGCUUAACUGUGAAAGUAUUAUGCUUCAAAAACCAUACCAAGUUGCCUUUCUAGAAGUUCUUUAUAUCUAAUGAGUCUGGAUACAUUUGUGUAUUAUAUAACAUAGAAUGUUGAAGGUUGGGGAUAAUAGAACAAUAAAAUAUUUGUGGGGUAAAAGAGUUCCUGAAACACUGCAAUUUUGCCUAAAGUUGGAGGGUUGCAUAACUUCAGAAACUAUUUUAAACUUCACUUAAUAUUUUACUGUGACUGUUGAUAAACCCAAUUGGUAUUGCUGGUUUUUUAAUGUGUUGGAUUUUUGCUAGAGCUGGUUUUGGACUUAAGAUUUAUUCUGAGAUGCACAGUUGAACACGUGGACUGCUGACUGAGUUACAUCCGUCUUGAGGGCAAGAGUACAAUAUUUGAAUUGAUUGUGGCGGUUCAAAAAAAAUCCCACAAGUGAAUAAAUUAAAUAUCCAUGGGAAGCAAAAAUUAGGCCAUUUUGAAAGUUCCAGCAAAACUUCCAUAUAAUCUUUUAAAAUAAUACAGUGAGUGCCCUUAAAAUUGUAUUCCUACAUCAGACAUUGUGACUUGUUUAAAGAUUAACCAAAACCAGAACUAAGUUAAAUCAAGGUUCCUAUACUGGAGUGACUCACUAACUAGGUUUCAGGAGGUUACCUUUUCUUUAAUUAGAUCUUCCUUCUACAGAGCUCCCUUUACCACUUCUUAGUUCACUGAAGUUAUUCCAGAAGGCAGCAUUCUGUGAAACCACAAAUACCAUGGAUUGCAUGACUUGUAAACUUCUGGUAUUUAGAACAUAACAGAAUGCCUUCUGUAACAACUUCAGUGACCCAAGAAGUGCCAAGAGGACUUCACAGAAAGAAAAACUUUAUUUUUAAUUUUUAAGUGUGUAUAUUGACUGCCUCCCUGAGCCUGCUCCGUGGGCACUGUAACCAUCGAUCUAGGUUUAACCUGAAUUUUAAUAUUGGUUUUAUAGUUCACCUUCACACCAUGGGAAACUGCAUGACAGGUGCGUUGGGGAGCGCACAGGUCCUUCAGCUGGUGCAAUGUAUUAAUGCAGAAUUUACCCAAAGCUGGCUUCAGAAUUGUCUUCAGAAUCUGGCUUCCUUUUGUAUGUGACGCAGAGAGCUUGCAUGAUUCAAUUUGUUUCUGUUUACUACAGUCUACUUCAAAAUGCCGCAUUUUAUUUCUGGUUUCACCAGCACCAUAGAAAAAUAUGAUAGCUUUUCUUCCAAAACAUUGCAAUGUGUUGAUCAGCGUAUACUGAGUGCCAUUGUAUUUUUUUGUUAGUUUUGACAAGUAAAUUUGUAUAACGUAUUCUCUGCACUGACCCCUGGUGCCUCUGGGGCAGGUGGAAGGGUUCCUCUAAACAUGGCUCUGUUCCCCAGUUGCAUUAAUCCACCCCCGCGAGCAGUGAAUCUGGAGGACAUGUUGGCUCUGUAGGCUAAACCUUUGUCCUAGGAGUUGGCCUCAAUUAUCAAAGCAGUGGGUGGUUUUUUUGUAGAGCAAUAUUGGUGACUUACAUUGUAUCUGGAGUUUCAAGCAGUAAUUCAGUAGUGCUGAUGGCAGAUAAUCACUUCCAUAACAGCAUGGUUUUGGAUCAUACCAAAGCAGUAGGCGUAAAGGGGAAUUCAGAACAUCCUACAUGUAGUCAAUUGAGCGGGUAUCAAUGUAUGGUCAGUAAAGAGUUCUCACUGCUACCGGAUGCUAGAAGUGAGCAUAAGACUGGAGGGGCCUAUGAGACAAUGACUUUUGUUACAUUUUGAACAUUCCUCACAUGUCAGAGUCACACAGCCAUUAAAUAGCUUAGACAAAAAUCAGAUUUUCCAACACUAGACGUUGCAGUCAUCUUUUGAACAGAAUUGGACCCUAGCCACGUCUUGGAACGACGUUACAGUUAAUCAGGUGGUUUCGGGUAUGAGUUUUGAAACCCCCUCCUCAGGCCACAUUGUCCACUAGUUGUCAUGAGAGAGUAGAGCUAGUUCUGACAUUUGGAAUUGCGCUAUGCACCUUUCCGAACACACCAAAGACACUUCUGUUUACAGCACCCCCCCCCACACACACACACACUUCUACAAUUGGCGCAGGCGUGCACGCACACACACGCUUCUACAAGUGGAGCACUUUAUUUCAGUUCUUUUAAAUAUAGUGCCCUUGGGAGAGUUGGCAUCAGUACAACAUAUCUUCUCCCUCUCCAUCCCACCUCUUAAUAAGGCUCUGCUGGCCCAGUGCCUGGAGACUUGGGUGCUUUCUUUGUACAUUUACCUCUGGCAUGGUAGUGCAACAGGUUUGCCACCACACCAUGGCUUCAGACUAGCUUACUAUAAGCGUAAUAAAUGAUUUUAAAAAACAAUUCUGUGAAUUAUAUGAACAUUAAAGAACAAGAUACUGGCACCAUGUGACUUGGACUUCUCUGCACUCUUGUUUAUCAGGAAGUUUCCUGCAGAUGUUUUUACAGUAUGUAUUUUAAAAAAAUAACAAACUAAUCCCAUUGUUUUUGACAAUUUAAAACUGGUUUUGUGCCUUGGCAACCUCUCUGCCCAGGUUAGAUUUGUGGGUGGUUAUUGAGUUUGUUUCUUAAAUCUCAACGUAACAUUAAAAACGGUUAUAAUACUUUUGCUACAUUGUUAGUGGAGAAAUUUCUUUUAAUUCCAUAUAAUCCAUACUCUACCCUCCCAAAACUACUUUAUGAAGAAUUUUCUUUGGUUGUGGAGAAACCAGAUUCAAAUUUUUCCUACAAAACUUGUAUGAUACGGUAUUAUGCUUUUUCCUCCUUCAAUAAUUGUAAAUAUUUGAGUAUUUAUUAGAUUUAGGGCAUCAUAUUAUUCUUAUAAUCUGAGCCAAAUGUCUGUGUGCAAUGUUUUGUUUCUUUUCUUACUAUGUCAUGUAAAGUUUUGUACAGCAUAUAAAGUAAAUUACUGUUUUUCUAAGUCUUUUUUAGAAUUGAACUUGGUAAAUACUGUAGAUUCUUUUUUCUGUGUAAUUAAUGCACUCUACUGUUCCAUAAUGCUGUAACUUGUAGAAAUGUUGUAUAUUUAUUUUCUGCUUAUUUAAGUUCCUGUAAAGUUUUUAAUGAAUUUUUACUGGUAUAUAUGGAAUUAGUGAUUGAUCAGUUUAGAGCACUGUCUUCUAAUUCAGUGCAAUCAAUAACGUUUAGUUACUGAGUAAAAUGUUCAAAAGUGCCUAAGUGACUUAGGCUCCUAAGUCCCAUUUUCAAAAGAGGCUGUGAAGUACCUAAGUCAAAGUCUCACAAAGUGCAGGGGACUUGGGUUUCUGUGUGCCUAAAGUCUCUCUUGAAAAUUGUAUCCACAAUUUAAUCCCCCAUUUCGGCCACUUUUAACUUUCUGGACUCAAUGAUUCAGCACUGUAUAUAGAGGCAGAGAUUUGAAGUAAAAUAUGAUAUGGAGAUGCAGACUCAGCCAAACGCCAAAGCCACAUCCAGAAUCUUUUUGUAGCUCAAAGCAUUAAUUUGUUACAAAUAACUUUAUCGGUCUAAGCAAAACAUUAUCAUCCCAAGGGGCCAAGGGCAGUUUAUUCAAACAUAUUAUUAAACUGAAGUGCAGUAGUCUCAGUUAAUCACUUUUUCAAGAUCUAGACAAUGUGCCAAUCCCCCACCUUCUCAUUCUCCACUGCCUUCAGAUUUCACCCUCCCUGUGCUCCUACUGAAUCUGGCUGCCUCACUUCAUUGCUUCAGCCAGUUGCCAGAAUUAAAAAUUAUGCUGUAGAUUUCAGUUCGAUAACUUGAUAGUGCUUCCUGGUAACUCAAUAAUAACCCUAUUUUGGGAUAUGAAACACCUUAUCCUCAGUUUACAUAGUGCAGGACAUGGCUGUUACCUCUUAAACAAGAAGCCCCUGCAAGUUAUUUAUAGAACUACUUUCUACUUUGAUUUUUAGAGUAAACUUUUGCAUCCUGGUUUCAAGACCACUCAUUACUGUAGCAAAGCUCCUUAUCAGGUACAAACAGAGCACUGAUCAUGUACUGAUUAAUCACUAACUUGUUUCAUAGGACCCAGCAUAUGUAGCAUUUUUAUUGCAGUUUCCCUGGCUUACUUGUGGUUUGCACUGAUGAAUUUUUGACAGGGUAAUUGCCACUUUACUUGUGCAAUACGGCUGUACAUAGCUACAGAUCUUUUUUAAGAUGCAAUCUUUUAUGUUUAUUAUAUAAAAUUCAUUAAACUUU